UUCAGGGUAUUUAAGAAGACCAGCGGCAACGGACAUAUUACCCUGUACUUGGGGAGGAGAGACUUUGUGGACAAUGUGGAUUCAGUGGAAGUAGUUGACGGUGUUAUUAAAGUAGACCCCUCUGGUCUUGAGGGCAGAAAAGUAUUUGUCUACCUUGCUUGUGCCUUCCGCUAUGGAAGCGACGACUUGGAUGUCAUCGGGCUGUCCUUCAGGAGAGACAUCUGGAUACAGCGCAUUCAGGUGUAUCCACCUACGGGUGAUAACGGAACCAGAACACCAAUGCAGGAAUCCCUCAUGAAGAAAGUUGGAGAGCAAGGAUGUCCCUUUUCAUUCCAGAUGCCAGCAAAUCUCCCAUGCUCAGUCUCCCUACAGCCUGCGCCAAAUGAUACUGGCAAGGCUUGUGGAGUGGACUUUGAGGUUAAAGGAUACAUUGCCAACGCAGCAAACAAUGCAGAUGAAGUCAUUGAGAAGAAGGACACGUGUCGCCUGAUGGUACGCAAAAUACAAUUUGCACCAGCUACCAACAAGUCUGGACCCAAGGCUGAUAUUGCCAAGCAGUUUAUGAUGAGUGACAAACCUGUUAACUUGGAAGCAUCCCUUGAAAAAGAGACUUACUACCAUGGAGAUCCAAUCACAGUCAUGGUUAAAGUCAACAAUGAAACCACCAAAAUUGUGAAGAAAAUCCAAAUUUCAGUUGAGCAGCUAACAAACGUGGUGCUCUACUCAUCCGACACAUACUCCAAGCCAGUCUGCUCCGAGGAGUUUGGGGAGACAAUUAACGCCAACUCUACAUUCGAGAAGUCCUUCCAAAUAACCCCCCUGCUGGCCAACAACAAAGAGAAGCGAGGUCUUUCAGUGGACGGACGGCUAAAAGACGAGGACACCCACCUAGCAUCCACUACCCUGAGUCAAGGAGAAAAGGAGAUGCAGGGAAUCAUCAUCGCCUAUAAAGUCAAGGUCAAUCUAGUGAUGGGUGGCGGAGGCCUGCUGGGUGGCUUAACAGGAAGCGAUGUCACUGUGGAGCUUCCUCUGACUCUGAUGUCCCCAAAACCUGCAGGUGAGGGCAGUCUUUUUUGCAUAUAA